CAGACGAUACGCAGAAUAUAACCAAAUAUAACCUCCAAAAGUUAGUUUCGUUACAUUUCAAUCUGUGUUUUUGUGGUUAUUUGUUGUCGCGCUCUCAAACUGAAAGUGUAUAAAGGAAAAAAGGGAUAAUGGAUAAUGAAUUUUUGAAUGAUUCUGACGAUGGAUUUGAAGACGAAAAUCCAGAAAAUCGGAUUCUGUGGCGGAUUCCGAAAAGAUACAUUCGCGAUUGGGAAAAUCCCGUGGAAUUUUUUGAAGAUAUUCCUUUUCGGAAAAGAUACAGAUUCAGCAAAGGAGCUCGCUUAAGGCGAUUGAAUAAUCGUGGACUGCCGGUUUCUUCGUUGAUGCAGCUUUUAAUAACACUGCGUUUUUAUGCAACGAGCAGCUUUCAGAUUGUUAAUGGAGACUUGCGAGGAUACAGCCAAGCAUCAGUAUCGAGAAUUGUUGCACGAGUUUCCAGAAUUUUAGCAUCACAUUUGAGCGUAUAUAUUAAUUUUUCCACUGAACAAAAACGUCGGGUUAAUAAAAAUAAAUUUUAUGAGGUGGCCAACUUUCCAUCUGUAAUAGGAUGUAUCGAUUGCAUCCAUAUACGCAUUGCGAAUCCUGGAGGGAAUAAUGGAGAGAUAUUCCGGAAUCGAAAAGGAUGGUUUUCUCUUAAUGUACAGGCUGUAGCUGGACCCCAACGAGAAAUUCUUGAUAUAGUUGUCAGACAUCCAGGUUCAACUCAUGAUGCCGUAAUAUUUGAUCGAAGCGGUCUGCGCUGUCGUUUCGAGCUGGGACAUUUGGAUGGAAUUUUACUUGGUGAUAGUGGGUAUGCUUGUCGCAGUUACCUACUGACGCCUGUUUUAAGACCUGAGGCAGAUGCAGAAGUUCGGUACAAUACUGCACACAAGAAAACACGAGUUAUCGUUGAACAAUUGUUCGGAGUUUGGAAACGUCGAUUUCCAUGCCUGCAUUACGGUUUAAGAACGAAAUUGAGCACAUCAGUGGCAAUUGUUUGUGCCACUGCCGUUUUGCACAAUGUGUGCAUUCAACAUAAUCUAGGCGAAGUGGUCGAAGACCACUUGAAUCACGAGUUGAAUGAAAAUGUAUUUCAAGAUAUUGUAAAUAGAGAACAAAAUGGCAUAGGACUUGCGCAUAGAAAUGCUUUUAUUUUAAGGCAUUUUUCAUAAUCAUGAAACAGUGCUGCGAAUCAAUUAUAUUUAUAUUAUAUUAUAUUCGUUUAUAUUUACAAUGAGUUGUGCGCAUGUUUUAAUAAUGUGAAUCAAGAUAAAAUAUCUAAUUAAAAUAUAUACAUAUGUAUGUAUAAUAUAUAUUAUAGUAUGGACCAUAAACUUUUACAUUUGUACAUAUAGAUUAAAAACUAAUUUUAA